AAAUCAGUAACACCAACCCCAUUUUUUUACUGCAAUUUAUCUUUUGGUCCCGAUAGGUUAUUUAAUAUUCAAAAAAAGGAACGUCUUAGUUUAAUUAUUUUAUACAAAUAAAUGAUAUAUAUUCAAAAUCAAUAAUGGUGCCGGAAAUAUCAAAAACUGCGAUUGGAAUUGCUGCUGGAGUAUGUGGUACAAUAUUUUUAGGUUAUUGUAUUUAUUUCGAUAAACAGAGGCGUAGUCAGCCGGAUUUCAAAAAAAAGUUACAUGAAAAACGAAAAGCGCAAAAAGAAUCAAAUAGCACACAUGCAGCUAAACCCACAGAAGGUAUGCCCGAUCUUAAAGAUGAUGAAGCUGUACGAAGGUAUUUCUUACAAGAAGUACAACUUGGAGAAGAGAUGUUAGCUACGGGUGAAUUAGAACAAGGUGUUGAGCAUUUAGCCAAUGCAGUUGCUGCCUGCGGAGUGCCUCAUCAAUUACUUCAAGUAUUUCAAUCAACAUUGCCACCUCAAGUUUUCCAUAUGCUGCUGACAAGGAUGUCAGAUUUGGGCUCACAAACACGUGCUGGAGCUUCAAACACUGGUUUAAUAGUUGACGAUGUCGAAUAAAAAUUUGUAUUACUUUACCUAAGUAGUUCUAUUCAAAAAGUUUCUAGAGUGAUUUCAUUGGCAAGCAUUGGACUAAGUUUGAAGUACUUUUUC